CGGGGCGCGCGGGGGAGGGGGUUACGUGGUGACGUUAAUUCUAUAUGAGCGCGAGCGGCGGGAGCGCGGGUCCUUUCACCGCCGGCCGCGCGGCGCCUCCGACUCGCUGCUCCUGAGUCACCGGGCCCGCGGGCCGCGCAGUGUUUGAAAUCUAGCAGAAUGGCAGACAUAGACAACAAAGAACAGUCUGAACUUGAUCAGCAGGAUAUGGAAGAUGUUGAAGAAGUAGAAGAAGAAGAAACUGGUGAAGAUGCCAACAGCAAAGCUCGGCAGUUGACUGUGCAGAUGAUGCAAAAUCCUCAGAUUCUUGCAGCUCUUCAGGAAAGACUUGAUGGUCUGGUAGGAACAUCUGCAGGAUAUGUAGAAAGCUUGCCUAAAGUUGUUAAAAGACGUGUGAAUGCUCUCAAGAACCUUCAAGUUCAGUGUGCACAGAUAGAAGCAAAGUUCUAUGAGGAAGUUCAUGAGCUGGAAAGAAAAUAUGCUGCUCUCUAUCAGCCCUUAUUUGACAAGCGAAGUGAAAUCAUCAAUGCAAUUUAUGAACCUACAGAAGAAGAAUGUGAAUGGAAAGCAGAUAUUGAAGAAGAAAUUUCAGAGGAAAUGAAAGAGAAAGCCAAGCUUGAAGAAGAAAAAAAAGAUGAAGAAAAAGAAGACCCCAAAGGAAUUCCUGAGUUUUGGCUGACAGUUUUCAAGAAUGUGGACUUGCUCAGUGAUAUGGUGCAGGAACAUGAUGAACCUAUCCUGAAAUACUUAAAAGAUAUAAAAGUGAAAUUUUCAGAAGUUGGACAGCCUAUGAGUUUCACAUUAGAAUUCCAUUUUGAACCAAACGACUACUUCACAAAUGAAGUGUUGACAAAGACAUAUAGAAUGAGGUCAGAACCAGAUGAUUCUGAUCCCUUCUCCUUUGAUGGACCAGAAAUCAUGGGUUGUACAGGUUGUCAAAUAGACUGGAAAAAAGGAAAGAAUGUUACUUUGAAAACCAUUAAGAAGAAGCAGAAGCAUAAGGGCCGUGGAACAGUUAGAACUGUGACAAAAACUGUUUCCAAUGACUCUUUCUUCAACUUCUUUAGUCCUCCCGAAGUUCCUGAAAGUGGAGAUCUGGAUGAUGAUUCCGAGGCAAUCCUCGCUGCAGACUUUGAAAUAGGUCAUUUCUUGCGUGAACGUAUAGUCCCCCGAUCAGUACUGUACUUCACGGGAGAAGCUAUUGAAGAUGAUGAUGAUGACUAUGAUGAAGAAGGUGAAGAGGCAGAUGAUGAGGAGGGGGAAGAAGAAGCAGAUGAAGAAAAUGAUCCUGAUUAUGACCCAAAAAAGGAUCAAAACCCAGCAGAAUGCAAGCAGCAGUGAAGCAGUGUGUAUGUGGCCUUGAGGAUUACCUGCACUGUAAUAGCCUAAACACAACUAUUAGUUACUUACAGCCUUAUGUUUUGUAUCUUGGUAGAAUUAAGUAACCAAUUUGUUAAAAAAAGAAAUCAAACACAUAAGAACCAGUUUAAAAUGUAGGUUCAGUCUACCUAGCAUUUUAACAGUAUAAUUUUCUGCCAAUAUGUAGAAUGCAGUAAAUUCCCUAAAGCAUGAAUGUUAAUUCAUUGCUACGUAGUUUGGUUCUUGUGAAGUCUUUGUCAUGUAGCUAUUAGACUGCAGCUGUGAAGAUUAUCAGAACUGUUAACUGAGACCAAUAUUUGUUUAGAGAAAACUCUCUCCUGAAGAACCAACCAAAGUAUUUUUCAGCCCAGUAGUCUGAACGGGUUUAAGUCUGCUUGCACUAGCUGUGCCUUCAUUACUUUGUUAUAGAAAUGGCAGUGACUUGUACUAACUAGGAGAUGAUGAUGCAUUUUGAAUUUGACUACUUGAGAAGACUAGUAUAACUUGUUUAAUUUCCAAUGAGACCACAAUUAAACAUUCAUAACUGUCAGCUUGUUUAUGCUAUGGGUUUUGUAUUUUAUGUGACACAGUGAUCUACAAAAGAAACCUAGUCAUCAUAUUAAGGUUAUUGUUUACCACUGGGGUGUGAAUAAAACCUAGUAUUUUCAGAAGCUAGUCUUGUUUUAUUAUGUUUGUAUCUGCAUGUGUAAACUGGUAAGAUGUAUCUUACAUGCUGCAGUUCAUGUUUUACUUGAAACAAACGUUGAUAAUUACUGACAAGUAAAUUAUAUAGCAUUUGAAAAACAAACACAAGAGUUUGGAAAGUUUGAUCAGUACUUUCCAUUUGCAGUGUGAUACUUGUGAAUCUGAGCUAGAUGUUCCAGUGAUUGGUCCACACUGCCAUUUUAGAGAAGACAAGUCCUUAGAAAUGGGGCUAGAUCUGAUAAAGGACUUCGGUAUUGCCAUGCCUGACUUUAAGGCAUUGCAUGUUAGUAUGAAAUCUGAAGCAAAGUGCCUUGGAUUUUCAGUCUGUGUAGAACAGAGCGAUGUUGUACUGAACAAAACCUACCCUGCAGCCGAAGGGAGUGCUAGAACACUUAGCUCUAUUCUAGUUUGUCCUCACUGUAUCAUCUAUGGAGGAGGAAACAAACCGAAAAGAAUUCCUCUUUCUUCACCUAAUGUUCUGUUCAUGUGCUUGUGUUGGCACAUUCUGGUUCAUACUUUUGUCCAUAUUGGAUGUUUAUUCUCAGUUGAAACACAUGGGCUAGAAGACCUUUCUCGUUCUAACCUUACCUCUAGCCUAUUAGUGGAGGUGCUGGAUGAUGCUGGAGAUGUAGAUUUGAACUCACUCAGCUGAAGGAGACUGUGAACUUAUGUAUGCUGAGUUUUCCCAGUCAGUAGCAUGCUCCUAUACUCUGUGCAGUCUUGUCCUUCACAGAUAACUAUAUCAGUUCUGAUCUUCUAAACAAGUAGUUAGAGAGCUUUUUUGGGCAUAGAAGGGUCCUUGUAGGAUUGGAAAGAAAUGUCCAGCUAUCUGUGGAUUUAUUUCUGCAGUAGCUACUUUUUUUUUUUUUUUUUUGUGCCACUCCUAUGCUGACUUAGUUUGGAAGAGCAGGGCAAGCAGGAGUCAAUAACAUGAGGAUAGGGCUGGUAGAAGAGUUUCUCUAGCGUGUCUCUUGCUUGGAGGGUAAGUAGUGCAGAAUGAACCUUAUCCCAAGUGCCCUUGUGAAUCAUCAGGCCCCCUGAGAGGAUGUGGGUCUAGUGUCCUCUGACUAAACUGUUUUUUGUUUUAUUUGUUCUUAUUUUUAAUGCCUUGAAGGUUUAAAUAUCACACAACUUCAUUUCAGAAUCCCUGUCAGGCUUUGUCCCUCUCAGGAUAUCCAUGGAUUUGGGAAAAGGAGCUCAUGUUAUCUAUAGCUGUAUAUAAAACAGGACUGUUGAAGCUGUGAUCUUGGGUGUUUUUUAGGUAACACAUAGAUCAUAGCAUAGAAAAACACAGUUAUGAAAGGUUAACAAUCGUUCUCUAGUAGCUGUGUGUUAAAGUAGGUGUGGUUGUGUUCUUGUGAUACCAGAAUAUGCAUGUCCUUUGAGGCAGUGACCCUGCCAGGUGUUUGGGUUUCACGUGGUCUCUUUGCUGAGCAUCUCCCAGGUUUAAGUUUAAACUUUAGGGCAUGUGGAGACCAAACUAAUGGCAUGUUAUGAGCUUGAGCAGUCAUUAAUAUGGGGCUUUGGGAUUCAUACUUCUGGACAUACAAAGUCUCUGAAGUCCUUACUUAGAUCUAGCCCAUUUUUGCUAACAGCAUCUGGAAUCUGUAUCUUAAAAAGCAAAUUGUCUAAGUUUCAAAAUUCACUGUGCGUAACAAAUUUGGCUUGUUCUUUGAUUGCUUUCUCGUUUAACAUCUUCAUAACAUACAAUGGGAUACAAUAUUUGGAAAGGGGAGUUUACAUGUCAAGGCACACCUGCAGCCUGCAAGAUCCAGGGCCAUGAAUCCAUCUUUAUUGACAGAUUUUGGUAAGCUUCUCUCUGGAUUGACUUGCUAGUUCUAAAGCAGCAGUUCUUGUGGUCUCCAGACUGCAGCAAAAGGAAGGAUAAAAUAUAAAUAAGGUGCCAUUUCUUAUGGCAUUGGUUAAAUAAAAACUUCUGGUGCUUAACAUAGUUUUGUUAUCAACGACACUGUUGUUUAGCAGUUCUGAAAGGCAGUAUGUAGCAGGAACAUUAAACUUUCAACAUUGAUUAUAGUGUUAUGACUCAUUCUUUUCACAUAGAGCAUGUCCUCAUUUAGUAUUUGAGAAGGAUAAGUUACCAUGUUAAGAAGUUCAUGCUAGGAAAAUGUGUCACUGAAAUGGAAUUUCUUGGGCUGUAGUUGCAGUACCACACCAAAGUUUAGCAUCUGUGUAAAUGGUGUCUUCUGUCCAGUUUUGGUUGCUGUAUCAAAGGGUGAAUUAUCUUGAAGAAAAGUGGGAGGUUGGUGAGGGAAGAGGUAGGAGAAUUUAAUGAGACUUGAAUGACAGUGAAGUGUGCUCAGAGUUUAUACUUGAUGGAGAGGGGAUGGUUCUUCAUAAUUCUAUACUUUUAGCAAUCUAGAUUAGAUUACAUUACCGCUAAAGAGUUUGCCUGUCUGAUAAAAUUUUGGUUGUGU